AUGCUUCUCGAUUCCGCCGGCUUAGAAGUCAAGGCAACAUGUGGGCUCGCCAACCUUGAGGGCUUCCUGAGCAAGCCAGGCAACCCCGAACUCUGCUUUCUUGGAGCCCAUGAAAACACAAACAUUCCCAAAAUACAGAAGACGCGGAGAAGUGGCGAGUGCGAUCAGGUGGAAGAAGUGUCAAAGAUCCGCAGAACUGCUGCUUCUGGUGGGUUCAGCUUGGGCUCCAAAACGCAUUUAUUGAACAGUUUCCCUCUUCAACUUUUACGUCACUCUGACACCGCAUCAGUCACAUGUCCUCUGCCGCUGGUGCCGAACGACGUCGGCAUCCACAUGCGCAGCUCUCGUGGCGGCACCAUUCAACUCUCCGACGGACUCGGCCGAGCGCCUGACGACCGUCGUCAGGCGACCACGCCCCGUCUGCACCACGGUGACGCCAUCGACUUGGUGUGUCUACGACCCGAGCACCGAUUGUUGGACGUGGGGUCUACGGAGGGGAAGGAUGCUGGUUCAGUCGGACUGACAGGGCCGGGCGGAGGUGACCAACGCGCUGGUAUGGCCGCUAUGGCUCUGGCAGACUCCGAGACGGCGGAUGGUAGGCGCCUGCUGAUCUGUCAGGACGGAGCCUGGGCGCCGCCAUUGGCACCGCUUGACAGGCUGCGCUGCGUGCGUGUCCAAAACAGUCUUCUGCCUUACAAUUGGAUCUUCAGAGUGCCUAGAUUCAUCCCAUUCUUGUGA